AUGGCUCAAAAAGCAUCCAAAACCCUCGCGGCCCGGAACAGCUCCGUCCUAGUCCGCAGCCAUCUAAUCGCCUUCAUCCUGCAUGCCCUCUACCUCAUUCUCCAUUUCACCUUCAACCGCCCCCGCGCCCUCAAGCCGUACUGCCUCCUUGCCGUCCCGACGCUCGUCAUCGAAUUUUACCUCGACCGCAUUGGCCGCCCAACCUACGCCGCAGAUGGCUCGCUGCGCUCACCUGGCGAGGAUCUAGGAGCCGCUGGUCUGACCGAGUACAUGUGGGAUGUUCUCUACUGGACCUGGGGUUGUAUCGGCGCAGUUUGCGUGUUUGGCGAUCGGGCCUGGUGGCUGUGGGUUGUGGUGCCGCUGUACUCUGUUUGGCUGGCGUAUAGUACGUUUACCGGUGUGAGGAGUGGUCUUACUGGGUUUGGUGGCGCGGGAGAUGCUGGGGAGGCGAUGGGCGCAGAGAGCAAGAGGCAGAAGAAGAUGGAGAAGCGGGGUGCACGCGGGGUUGCGUAUCGGUAG